AUGAAGCAGGUAGCCACACAUCCUGCGCCCGACUCUUCAUUAUACGCUAUCAAACAUUUUCACCACCUGAAGGCUGAUGCAACUCCUGCGUCCGUUAAUGGCAAUGGAUUGGGAAUAGAAGGACUUGUAUACGCACCGCGUCAUGCAUCACUUGAUUAUUAUGCCUUUCCAAGAUAUGCAUUCAAUUAUGCAGUGAGAGAUCCGUACACCGGAGAUAACAAAGCACAAUGGGAGAAACGGGACGGUGACGUAGUUAAAGGUGCAUACUCGCUGGUGGAGCCAGACGGAAAUUUACGUGUAGUAGAAUAUUGGGCGGAUGACAAAUCGGGUUUCAACGCUGUGGUUAAGAAACUCGGUCCAAAUCUUCAUCCUGUAACAUUACCAGCAUCGAUCUACAAAGCGCCUAUUCCCAUGCUGAGUCACGCAUCUGCAGUGGCUCCAAUAUCUAUAGCUUCAAUGUAUAAGCUAGACCAUACAGCCAGCGCACCUCUCAUAUCAAGACCGACCGUCCCAAAACCGAUCGUCACGGGACCAAUUUCAGGACCUAUUAAGACAGUUUCCCCUAUCAAAUCGGUCACUCCAAUAACGCCAAUAGUAAAAUCUGUACACCAAGCUAAAAUAGAAAAUCUUGGAUUAAGCCACACCGGCUUAGCCCACUCUGGAUUAGGACUCGCUGGAUUAGGUCACUCUGGAUUAGGCCUCGCUGGAUUAGGUCACUCUGGAUUAGGUGUCGCUGAUAUUAACCAUGCUGGAUUGGGAUACACUGGAUUAGGUCAUGCUGGAUUAGGUCACCCUGCAUUGGAACACGCUGGAUUGGAACACGAUAGAUUGGGAGACAUCGGAUUGGGACACGCUGGAUUGGAAUACGGUGGAUUGAGACACGAUGUAUUAGGUUACGCUGGUAGAGGACAUACUGUAUAUCCUGCACCACUUCCUAUCAUCAAAUAUAAACAGUUAGUGACAGGUUAUGGUGGGGAGUGGCCUCCACAAAUACCUCAUGCUCCUGCUUCCUCGCCAAUGUUGCAAGCACCACUAGGACCAGAACUCCCAGGAUACGGCUAUUGUCACAAUUGCCAUAAAGAUUCGGAUGCUACAUACAAAAACGAUUAUAGUCAAUAUUUUUUGCCUAACUUAUUGCAACCAAAAUUGCCUUAUGUUGGCGUAAACUGA